AUGGAUUCAAUCAGUGCAUUGGAGCUUUUUAACAUGUUUAGCAUUCUAGCUAUUUAGCUGGGAAGCUGUGGAACUCAGUAAACUCUCUCCAAAGGAGAUCGGGGGAGGGCGUUAUGAACCAAUAAGACAUAAGGACAAGUGGGAGGAGUCUAGUAGCUGAGUCAAAAGCAGAGCAAACAGCUCACAGACAUCCUCCUCUUCUUCAGGAUGGACGAAGAGGAGCCCAGCGCGUCACGACAAAACCAGCCGGACAGCAUGUGGAUCCACCUGAAGGGAAUGCACAAGUUCAAAAGCACGUCCCAGAGGCUCCGGGGGGUGCUGACCCAGAUGGAUGAGGGGCUGGUGGACCUGGCGGAGCUCAGAAGGAACCUGGAGCUGGCUGCUUCUGUCCUGGAGGCGGUGUACGUCGAUGAGAGCAGACGUCUGCUGGAUACUGAGGAUGAGCUCAGUGAGCUGCAGGCGGAGUCGGUGCCAAGCGAGGUCCGCUAUUGGCUGGCGUCGACCUUCAGCAGGAAACUGGGCGUGGCCCGGCGCCGGCCGGAGGAAAAGCCCCGGUUCAGGAGCAUCGUCCACGCCGUGCAGGCCGGCAUCUUCGUGGAGAGGAUCUACAGGCGUACAUCCAACAUGGCCGGUCUCACCUACCCUCCAGCCGCUCUCGCCUCUCUCAAGGAAAUAGACAAGUGGUCCUUUGAUGUCUUCGUGUUCCAAGAGGCGACCGGAGAACACGCACUCAAGUUCCUGACCUACGACCUCCUGACCCGAUAUGACCUUAUCAACAGAUACAGGAUCCCGCUAGGUGCUCUGGUUCAGUAUGUGGAAGCUCUGGAGGCCGGCUACAGCAGGAACAGGAACCCCUACCACAACCUGACCCACGCUGCUGACGUCCUACAGACCGCACACUACCUGAUGCUGCACACUGGAGUCAUGCAUUGGCUCAGUGAACUGGAGAUCCUAGCGAUGGUCUUCGCUGCAGCAAUCCAUGACUUUGAACACACCGGGACCACCAACAACUUCCACAUACAGACCAGGUCAGAGGUGGCCCUCCUGUACAACGACCGCUCGGUGCUGGAGAACCACCACGUGAGCGCCGCCUACAGGCUGAUGGCAGAGGACGAGAUGAACAUCUUCACCAACCUCAACAAGGAGGACUGGAGGGAGCUGAGGGCUCUGGUCAUAGAGAUGGUGAUGUCCACUGACAUGUCCUGCCACUUCCAGCAGAUCAAGACCAUCAGAAACCACCUCCCCCAGAGCCACGAGACAUCUGUCUGUCUGCUGUCUCCCAGGAUGGACAAGGUGAAGGUGUUGUCUCUGAUGCUCCACGCGGCAGACAUCAGUCAUCCAGCAAAGACCUGGUGUCUGCACCACACCUGGACCCACCACCUGAUGGAGGAGUUCUUCAGACAGGGGGAUAGAGAGGUGCAGUUGGGACUUCCUUUCUCGCCGCUAUGCGACCGGAAAGCCACCAUGAUCGGCCAAUCACAGAUAGGUUUCAUAGACUUCAUCGUGGAGCCUACCUUCAGCAUCCUUAUAGACGCCACCGAGAAGGUGAUGCUGCCGCUGAUAGACGAGGAGAGACUGGCCAGGGAGAGCGGACUCAGGAGGUCCAGUUUAACAGGAAGUGGAUCGGUUACCGUGGAUUCAGUCCAGCGGCACAGCAGUAGUCGUCAUGGAAAUAGUGAGGACGGACAGACAGACUUCUCCCUGGCCGCCGUGGACCUGCCGUCCCUGCGUCGGCGCCUGGCCGGCCUCAUCAGCAGCAACAAGGAGCGCUGGAAGGAGCUGUCCUCCCAAGAAACAGUGAAAAAGGAACCAAAGAGUUCUCCUGGGCAUGGAGAACUCUCUGGUGACCCCCCAGGCCCAGAGGAGGUCUCCUCCCCCAGCCCUGAUGGACAGAACCGCCCCCCCUCACAUCCUGCCCCCCCACUGGAGAAGACUACGUUGAACGGGGAGGGGCCUGAGGCGGAUGUUAUUGGGGAUGCCUGACAACACUCUGCAGUGGCAUGGCAACUAUCACCUUGGUAACCUAUGCCUUGGCAGAGAACAACAUUGCAACCCACUAUGGCAUUGAGCCAGCAGGACUGCUGUGUGGACUGUAGUCCGGGUCCCGGGACAGCGGCCAUGCCACAGUCCCACCGUCACGCUCUGUCACCCCUGGUCAUUCUGUCUUUUGCAAAAGAUAACGUUGUGAAUUUAGAAUAAAGAAUUGCUGGGAAAUAUUUACUAUGAUUAAUAUGUGUCUUGGUUAAUACCUAAAAUAUGACUUAUACGGUUAAUUGGAAAAACAAUUGAAAUGUGCUGCAUGUAUGAGGGAGGGGCGUGGCAGAGCUCUCCAGAACCCAGAAGAGGAGUCAGCGUGGGCCGGUGAUCGUGCUUUAGACCGUCCUCUGUUGUGUUUGUGUUUGAUCGAUUAUCCUGUUGACAGAUGUACUGUACACGUGCUAUUACAGAAAACAAACACUUUUAAACCUGUGUUCUACUGCUUCUCUUUUGGAACCAGAUUAACUAUAUGAUCUCACACACACACACACACACACACACACACACACACACACACACACACACACAAACACACAAGGUUUCUAGCAGACUAGGUAGGUGCUACUGGUGAUGGGUCAAACUGAAAUGUGGAUCUGUGUGGGCUGGACGGCUCACCAGAAUGAGGAGAUCUCACCAGCCUGAUAUCUCACCAGCCUGAGGACAACUCACCAGCCUGAGGAGAUCUCACCAGCCUGAGGAGAACUCACCAGCUUGAGGAGAACUCACCAGCCUGAGGAGAUCUCAGUCGGGUUGAGCUGAAGGUGGACCUGGCUGAGAUUUGUGCCGAUACCGUGUUGCCUUCUGGGGGAAGGGAAGUAGGAAUUUGGGCGUCAAGGACGGAUCCAAGUGAGGAUUUGUACAUUAAGAAGAGGGUGAGAACCCUUUCGGAGGAGCGGGUCAUCUGACCAGUGAGGACGUGGACAUUGAGAAGAGGAGGGUAAGAACCCUUUUGGAGGAGCGGGUCAUUUGACCAGUGAGGACGUGUAGUCGAAUAACUACUACUAAGGACUGGUUCAUCUGAUGACGCGGAGAGGCAGAGGCUAGAUGGAUAGAAACAAAAGUGUAUUUUAUCCCCAGGGGGGGAAUUCAAAAAGGCAAACUAGAGAUAUUAGAUUAAAUAGUGCCAAAAUAAGAUAAGUAGAAUCCAAAAACCAAUAUUAUAAUUAUAUAAUUAUACUAUAUAAUUAUACUAAACAUUGACAAACCAACAACAAAAAACUUGUCUUACUUGUUUAAUCUAAGGUCUGAACUGUAAACAUACAAAAUUGUCAAGGGAUCAAGUAUACAUUGGGGGGGGGGGGGAGAGCCUAAAGCUGCUCCCCCAGAACUGUCUCCAGACUACUCUAGUGGGGGGAGGGAAGGAGCCUGAGGCUGCUCCCCCAUGGAGGAGGCUUUAGAGACCUUCUGGAGGUGGCCUGUUCCAGAAUUCAGGCUGAAGUCCGUGGUGGAGAAGGUGAAAGGGUUAAAGUAGGGUUUAACCCCCCUCAUACCGUCGGGUUAGAGAGCAUCCACUAAGCGUUAGACAGAACUUAAACUCAGUCCAGGCCAAGUACUACCCUAGAAAUGAACUGACUUACUGAAUACAUGACUAUUAAAAGUUAACUAUAUUCAGCUAUCUUGAAAAGAGUGAUGCUGUUUAUUUGAAAAUAAAUAUCUUUAUUGAAUCAUUCAUCCACUACAAUAAAAGUCAACCAACACAAACAUUUAUUAAACAGCAGCAAAAGAUUGUAAUUUAGUAAAAGAGUGCCCCCAUAGCUUUUAUUUUAGCAACUUCUAUUAACUUAGCCAAUAGCUUUAGCUGACAUUUGCAACAGUUUAGCCAUACAGAUGGUGUUUGGGUUUACUGUGGUUGGUCACAUAGUUAGAAAACACUGAUGCACAAGAUCAUUCUGCAACAUCAUUCCCCAUUAGGACUUUUAACAUAAUCUCAUUAUAAAAAACAUGGAUCUUAAAGAAUGACCAUCAGUGAAAUUGUAUUCACGAUAUAGAUAUGUUACAGAGUGACGGACAGGUUAGCAUUUAGUGCUGUUUUGUUCUCCUUAAGCCUGACUCACGUUCAUCGGAUUGCAGGCUGGCUUCGACACUCUUAAGCAAGCCUCUUCAUCCCAGAGUAUCAAUACCUUCAUAUCUACAACCCAUGAUUGUCUUUAUUCACACAUAGAUGGAGUCAGGCUUUAAGACAAAAAAAAAAGUAUACAGCUGUUAAUUUACAAACACAUUAAUUUUACUUUCCCUCAGACACA